GUGGUGUUUUUUGCUGUCCCGAGGAAUUUCUCCAUCUCCUUUCCCUCUCUUGUUGCUCCAAAGUCGCAUCCUUUAGUCUUUCAGCUUUCAGUUCAUUGCCUCACUGUAGGACAAGGAGGACGGCUCUUCACUCAACCAAAGGUGUUUCACCGCAAUUUCGGUUUAGCUAGUCUAAACGAUGGACCAAUCCAGGCUUAAUACGAGGGGGCGUUGCUCCGGUUCGACACCAUCGGAUGAAUCGGCUUUGGAUUCCGAAAGAAACUGCUGCUGUCAUCCUCGUCUUCCUUCGUUUAGUUCCCCGACGCUUCAGCCUUUUGCCUCGGCUGGACAGCACAGUGAUAAUAAUGCUCCUUACUUUUCGUGGCCGACCUCCAGCAGGUUAAAUGAUGCUGCUGAAGAGAGGGCGGACUAUUUCUCUAAUCUGCAGAAAGGAGUUCUGCCUGCGACUCUUGGUUGGUUGCCGAAAGGGCAACAAGCAGCGACGUUGCUGGAACUAAUGACCAUAAGAGCGUUUCAUAGCAAGAUUUUGAGAUGCUACAGUCUCGGGACUGCAAUUGGUUUCCGUAUUAAAAAGGGUGUGCUGACCGACAUACCGGCUAUCCUCGUUUUCGUCUCCAGGAAAGUUGAUAAGCAAUGGCUCAGUCCCAUCCAAUGUCUACCUACAGCCUUAGAGGGGCCAGGAGGAGUAUGGUGUGAUGUGGACGUUGUGGAGUUCUCGUAUUUCGGUGCGCCUGAGCCAGCACCCAAAGAGCAGCUGUACACGGAGAUUGUGGAUGAUUUGCGUGGGGGUGAUCCGCAUAUUGGCUCAGGUUCUCAGGUAGCAAACCAGGAAACUUAUGGGACUUUGGGUGCUAUUGUGAAAAGUCAAACUGGCAGCCGACAGGUUGGGUUUCUCACAAAUCGUCAUGUUGCAGUUGACUUGGAUUAUCCGAAUCAAAAAAUGUUUCAUCCUUUGCCUCCAACACUUGGUCCCGGUGUAUAUCUUGGUGCAGUGGAGAGAGCUACUUCAUUCAUAACAGACGAUCUUUGGUAUGGCAUUUUUGCCGGAAUAAACCCAGAAACAUUUGUCAGAGCAGAUGGCGCAUUUAUUCCGUUUGCUAAUGAUUUUGACAUGUCCACUGUUACUACAUCCGUUAAAGGUGUUGGUGAGAUCGGUGAUGUCAAGGUUAUCGAUUUGCAGUCUUCAAUCGGUAGCCUUAUUGGUAAGCAAGUUAUGAAGGUCGGAAGGAGUUCUGGCUUAACCUCGGGAACGGUAUUAGCUUAUGCCCUUGAAUAUAAUGAUGAGAAAGGCAUAUGCUUCUUAACCGAUUUUCUUGUUGUCGGCGAGAAUCAGCAAAGUUUUGACCUUGAAGGGGAUAGUGGAAGCCUCAUCAUUAUGAAAGGUGAAAACGGGGAGAAGCCGAGGCCAAUAGGAAUUAUAUGGGGUGGAACUGCAAACCGGGGUCGACUUAAGCUAAAAGUUGGACAGCCACCGGAAAAUUGGACCAGUGGGGUUGAUCUUGGGCGACUGCUCAACCUCCUUGAGCUUGACAUCAUCAUUACAGAGGAAGGGCUUAAAGAAGCAGUGCAAGAACAAAGAGCGGUCUUGGCAGCAGCUAUUGCCUCUAUAGUUGGGGACUCCUCGACUCCAGAAAGGGUUCUAAAGGACAAGAGCGAAAACAAAUUCGAGCCAUUGGGUUUUCAGAUUCAGCAUAUCCCAUUAGAAGUAGACUGCAACAGCCCGGAAACGAAUCCUUCAACUAUAAAAACCGAGUUUCAUUUGGAAGACGGUGUCAGUGCUGGUCCUAGCAUAGAGCACCAGUUUAUUCCAAGCUUCAUCGGGCGAUCUCCCUUGCAUAGAAACUUCUCCGACAAGGCCGUCUCUGAAAAUCUUGCAUCGUUAAGGAACGGCUGCGAUGAAGAUCUUUGCGUUUCAUUGCAUUUGGGCGACAAUGAAGCCAAGCGGAGGCGUUCCGAAGCUUCAACCAGCACUGAAGAACCAAAGUGAAAAACCCUUUUUGGGACCCUAAAUUUUAAUGGAGUUAAGGCUGCAAAAUUGUAUGUUUUAACUCUGUAACUUUACUAGGUCGAGUUAACCUCAGUAAUUUACAACAGUGAUUUAGUAAACAACUCUUUCUUCCCUCUUUUAUUGCAGUAACGGACUGGAAAUUUCUUCCCCAUCAG